ACAUGUUUCCAGAUCUACUUCCUCCUCCUGAGAGUCUGACAUGUUUCUGGAUGUACUUCCUGUGUUUGACUCUGUCACCGAUCAAAGUUUAACAGACGACUUGUUCUGUUUAUGAGCUCCGGUCAGAGGAGAAGAAGAAGAACAGGACUAAAAUAUUUAAAUUAAAAGAGUUCAAAUGAGGCCAUGAGCGAACAUCCCGGAGGAGCAGCUGAUUUACUGCGGAGCGGCCAGCUGUGACUUCAACUCCACCUCCGGCUCCGUCCCCACCAGGCCGGCUCAGAAACUGGUGUGGACGCUCCUCGGAUGCUACAUCGGUGUGGGAGUUGUGGCCAUUCUCAUCAUCUCAGUGUUCCUGGACAACAUCGACCAGGAGCAGGCCAGCGAGUUCCGCGGCAGCCGGGAACCUUUUAGUCGAACCUUCCUGGCCACGUUCAGGCUUCUGAAAGACCGGAGGCUGCUGAUGCUCAUCCCUCUCACCAUGUACAGCGGCUUCGAGCAGAGCUUCCUCGCUGGGGAGUACACCAAGAACUAUGUAACGUGCGCUCUGGGGAUCCACUUCGUAGGCUACGUGAUGAUGUGCUUCGGAGCCUCGAACUCUCUGUGCUCGUUCCUCUUCGGGAGACUGGCUCAGUACGUGGGCAGAGCUACUCUCUUCCUCCUCGCUGCACUGCUCAACUUCUCCUGCAUCAUCGCUCUGCUGCUGUGGAGGCCUGAACCUGAUCAGACGGUUGUGUUCUUUGUGUUUUCCGCUCUGUGGGGAGCGGCCGAUGCUAUCUGGCAAACUCAGACCAAUGCACUUUACGGCGUCCUCUUCCCUCGGGACAAAGAGGCAGCGUUUGCCAACUACCGCAUGUGGGAGUCUCUGGGUUUCGUCCUCGCCUUCGCCUACAGCAGCUUCCUGUGUCUAAGCUACAAACUGUACAUCCUGCUGGCUGUCCUGCUGCUGACCGCCGUCACCUACCCCAUUGUGGAGUACCGCGAAUACAAGAAUCCCACGCCAGGCGACAAAGAGGCCUACAAGAGUCACAAAGACACCGUCCACACAAACGACAAAAUCAUCUCUCAGACACAAAUGUAGAGACUGAAUUGUAUUGAGAUUUAGUUAUGCCUUAUACUACAGUAUUCAAAUCCAUCUGUGUUUUUCUUUACUGCGGAAAUCAGUCAACACUGAAAACCCUGAUUUCACCUUUUACUCAUGCUGCCUUCGCCUGGACCCUCUUUCCCACAGUUCCACAAAUAUUAACGUCACAUUUGCGGAACAACAACACGGAUGAGAUGAAAGUUUGCUGGAUGAAAUAUUGUGAAUUAUGUGCAUCGCUCUUCAUGAGCAAGAUUAUGAGAAUAUCAGAACUUUGACAGUUUACGACAAAAGCGCCUGUGCAGCUCGCUGAGUGAACGAUUCAGGAUGUGACUGCUGUUGUUGUAAAUUAAAUAUCCAACUGAAAUGAUGUACUGUAAACUUUAGAAGUGAGAUAACUGCAUAUGUACAUGAAUGUUUUAAAGCUCAGUCACACAACGAGCUUGACGGAGCUAAAACCAGAUUAAUGAUGUUUGUAGUGUUUUCUCCAAA